UCCAUAAGAUGGCGCUGCAAAAAAUAACCUAAAAGUCAAUCGACGCUUGGUCUACGACAAAAACGCUGUGUUUGUGACUAUGUAAAGUUGUUUUGAAAUGUUUGAAAAACGUACUCUACAUUAGAUUUCUGCUUUUUUAAAUUAUUGAAUUGUAUCAAAAAACCGAAAAAUCCCAAUAGUUCUAAUAAAUCGUUUUUCUCUCCAAACAACAAACAUGGAAGCAACAGCAGAAAAUGAAAAUGCAGAAAGAUGCGUUGUACCGAAUUGUAAAAACACCGCAACGACCGGAAUACCGUUUCCCAAACAGACCGAAUUGUUAAAACAAUGGUUGGAGGCUUUAGAAAUUCCCGAUUUCGUACCAACUGACACGAGUUUCGUCUGUUUGGACCAUUUUUCCGACGAUAGUGACGUUUUAGACCGAGUUAAAGAAAAUGCCCUCGAAAACGUAUUGGAGGAACUACCAAUUCCCAGUCCUACCAAAUUUAAAGAGGCGGAAAAAAAUCCACCCAAACCCUCGACUAGUGGUGAAAAGACACCAAGCUUGGAGAGACCAAACUUGGACGCUUUUGGGCGCCCACGACUCGACCACGAAUCAGCUUGUAGGCUGUGUUUGGGCAAGGAGGAGGCCACAACCAACAUCUACACUCUCCUCGCCCCCAACGUGACCAUCGCCCAGGCCAUAAUCGCGUGCAUGCCCUCACUCCGUGUGGCUAAAGGCGACCGUUUAUCCAAACUAAUCUGCCCCCCAUGUCUCCAAACGGUCCGUCGUUAUCACAAAUUCCGCUCGGAUUGCCUCACCAGCGACCAAAAACAACGCGAAGCGAUCCGAUUCGCCGAAAAACGCAAAAUCCACGAAAGCCAAACGAUUCAAGUGAAGAAAUUCUGCGCUGAUGAUAUUCGAAAAUACACCGAACUGCAUCCUAUUAAAAAAGAAGUCAAAGCAGAGAAGUCGGAUAUUGAUAAAAAAUUCGAAUAUGUUGAGGCCGAAUUAAUGAAAGCUUUGGAGGGACGUUUGACCGAUGAAAUGAAAAGCGCCGAUAAUAUCAUUAUUCAAGUUCAGAGCGAUGAUGAGGAGGUCCACGAACAAGAAAGUUCGGUUGCAAUCGUGGGGCCCAGCAAUGUGGUCAAAGUUGGCAACAGUGAACUGAAACUCCCCAAAGGGAUCAAAGUUAGUGUUAAUCAAACCAGGGUUGGUACGUAUGAAGCGAAGGAAAUUGAGGGGGUUUACAACUCGGAGUCGUUCUGUUUGGUUGAUAAUUACGUGUUUGAGUACAGAUUAUGCAAGGGGAAUGUCAGGCAUUUAAAAUGCCUCAUCGGGAAAUGCCGCGCCAGCGCUGAGCAAACCACCCCCGAAUCGGGCAUUGUCGACUCAAAAGUCGUCGUCAAAGUCGGGCAUAACCACCCCGCCCCCUCCUCCGAAGAGCGUCGCAAACAAAUCUUCCUCCACCUCAUGCGUCGCAAAAUGCAAAGUGACAAAUCCCUAAAUUUUCGCAGUGUUUACGAGGAGUUUUGCGAGAAAGAUCCCCAAAUGCGACAGUUGGUACCUCUCAAAACUGUCAUUAACCAGAUUUGUUGCCAACAGAUGAAUCUAAAAUCACCACCGAUUUACUCCUUUGAACAGUUUUUCGACCAGAUUGAAAACGAUGAGUUCCAAAAAUUACAUUUUACGCACGGACAUAAACAAUUUUAUCAGGAGAGGCUCACGGCGAGUGACGGGGGGAAAGCUGUCAUUUUUGCCAACUGUGAAACAAUCGAGGAGAUUUCAGAGAGUAAAAUAAUGUACGUGGAUGCGAGUUAUAAGAUUGAUACGAGUGAAAAUUUUAAAUAUCAUUUGAUUACGGUUUUGGUGUGGAUUAGUGACAAUGAGAAGUACCAACCUAUCGUAGUGAAAAAACGAAAAAUCAAGUUUGAUUGCUUCCAGUAUUACCCCAUCAUGUUUGCACUUACUAAUGAAAAAUCCCCAGAAAUAUACAAAACCGUUUUUACUUAUCUCAGAGACAUUCUAGCCCCAAAAUUGAAACCGGAAGAAAUAGUCACUGAUUAUGAAGCAACUCUUCACUAUUCCUUAGGCGAAAUUUACGGGGAUUCACACAUAGGAGGCUCGGUCUUCUAUUACACCCAAAACAUUUACAAAAAAAUUUGUUCUUUGAACUUGUCACGUGAACUCGAAACAAACUCUUGUUUCCGAAACAUCUACCACAUGAUCCUCAUGUUGCCCCUUUUACCCGUCAACACGAUCAUCGAUGGUUUGAACAACAUCGAGCUUCAGGCCUCGGAGAUGGGUCAGGGCGAGUUGACAGCCCCCAUAUUUGAUUACAUCAAAGACCAAUGGAUUAAUAAAGUCACCCCCGAUUUGUUUUGUGUCCACAGACUAGAAAACCGGAUCAACGAGAAUGUGAUAGCCCCUUUUAAAAAACUACGAGAUUUUCUGAUGAUUUCCAAGGGGAAAAUGCAAAAACAACAGAUAAAUAUCGUGUCAGUGGUCGAGAAAUUGAUUGAAUUGGAGGCGUUUUUAUCCACGGUGAAUACAGCACCCUCGAAACGGACAUUUGCGCGAGAUUUGAGCGUCUCUCAGAAGAAAAAUGUAGUGAGAGCGUGGCAAUUUAUAGAAAGCCAUCCCAAAAUCAAUAUUAAUCAUUUCUUUAAUAAAGUUUUGGGGUACAUCAAGUGUAUGGAGAAUCAGUUGUGGAUUUGGGGGUUUUACAGAUAUACAGGGGAGGCCAAUGACGAAUUGAUCAAUGCGGCGAAUUUUUCUAUUGUUAAUACGGAGGAAAACGACGAUCAUAAUUAUGAAUAUGUGGAUUAUGAAUAUGCAGAAAACGAGGUUGUUGUUGAUGUUGUUGUUGAUCAAAAACACGGGUUUUUGGUCAAGGACACGCAAGAGGAGAUACAAACCACCGACGAGGAGUUCGAACAUUCCUAUACGGAACAGUAAUGCGAUCAUUUUACCAACCAUGUGUUUAAACCUUUAUUGUAUUUUAUUUUUAGCAAAACUUGUUUUUGUGCUAGGAUAAGAAAGGAAAUUGAAAAAAAAAUAAAUUAUUUCUUCAAAAAUACAUUUCUAUUUUAAC